GGGUGGGGGAGUGGGCGGGGCGAGGGACGGCCGUGCGCGCCAGCUGCCAGGCGGGGAUCGGGCGGCGCCGAGCUGAGGUGGUGAGGGACUAGCUCCCGGAUGUGGAGAAGCUGGGGAGAAGGCGUGGGAGGAAGAUGGACUCGGUGGAGAAGGGGGCCGCCACCUCCGUCUCCAACCCGCGGGGGCGGCCGUCCCGGGGCCGGCCGCCGAAGCUGCAGCGCAACUCUCGCGGCGGCCAGGGCCGAGGUGUGGAGAAGCCCCCGCACCUGGCAGCCCUAAUUCUGGCCCGGGGAGGCAGCAAAGGCAUCCCCCUGAAGAACAUUAAGCACCUGGCGGGGGUCCCGCUCAUUGGCUGGGUCCUGCGUGCGGCCCUGGAUUCAGGGGCCUUCCAGAGUGUAUGGGUUUCGACAGACCAUGAUGAAAUUGAGAAUGUGGCCAAACAAUUUGGUGCACAAGUUCAUCGAAGAAGUUCUGAAGUUUCAAAAGACAGCUCUACCUCACUAGAUGCCAUCAUAGAAUUUCUUAAUUAUCAUAAUGAGGUUGACAUUGUAGGAAAUAUUCAAGCUACUUCUCCAUGUUUACAUCCUACUGAUCUUCAAAAAGUUGCAGAAAUGAUUCGAGAAGAAGGAUAUGAUUCUGUUUUUUCUGUUGUGAGACGCCAUCAGUUUCGAUGGAGUGAAAUUCAGAAAGGAGUUCGUGAAGUGACCGAACCUCUGAAUUUAAAUCCAGCUAAGCGGCCUCGUCGACAAGACUGGGAUGGAGAAUUAUAUGAAAAUGGCUCAUUUUAUUUUGCUAAAAGACAUUUGAUAGAGAUGGGUUACUUGCAGGGUGGAAAAAUGGCAUACUACGAAAUGCGAGCUGAACAUAGUGUGGAUAUAGAUGUGGAUAUUGAUUGGCCUAUUGCAGAGCAAAGAGUAUUAAGAUAUGGCUAUUUUGGCAAAGAGAAGCUUAAGGAAAUAAAACUUUUGGUUUGCAAUAUUGAUGGAUGUCUCACCAAUGGCCACAUUUAUGUAUCAGGAGACCAAAAAGAAAUAAUAUCUUAUGAUGUAAAAGAUGCUAUUGGGAUAAGUUUAUUAAAGAAAAGUGGUAUUGAGGUGAGGCUAAUCUCAGAAAGGGCCUGUUCAAAGCAGACGCUCUCUUCUUUAAAACUGGAUUGCAAAAUGGAAGUCAGUGUGUCAGACAAGCUAGCAGUUGUAGAUGAAUGGAGAAAAGAAAUGGGCCUCUGCUGGAAAGAAGUGGCAUAUCUUGGAAAUGAAGUGUCUGAUGAAGAGUGCUUGAAGAGAGUGGGCCUAAGUGGCGCUCCUGCUGAUGCCUGUUCUACUGCCCAGAAGGCUGUUGGAUACAUUUGCAAAUGUAAUGGUGGCCGUGGUGCCAUCCGAGAAUUUGCAGAGCACAUUUUCCUACUAAUGGAAAAGGUUAAUAAUUCAUGCCAAAAAUAGAAAUUAGUGUAAUAUUGAGAAAAAAAGAUACAGCCUUCUUCAGCCAGUUUGCUUUUAUUUUUGAUUAAAUAAAUUCCAUGUUGUAAUGUUACAGAGAGUGUGAUUUGGUUUGUGAUAUAUAUAUAUAUAUUGUGCUCUACUUUUCUCUUUAUGCAAGAUAAUUAUUUAGAGACUGAUUAUAGUCUUUCUCAGAUUUUUAGUAAAUGCAAGUAAGAACAUCAUCAAAAUUCACUUUGUAUUGUACCCUGUAAAACUGUGUCUUUGUGUGCUUUCAAAGAUGUUGGGAUUUUAUUUAUCUGGGGACAGUGUGUAUGGUAAGACAUGCCCUUCUAUUAAUAAAAUCACAUUUCUCAAACUUGA